GUGCGUUCCCAUUAAAAUGGCAGCGCACAUUAACCAAAUGUGUAAAUUUGUUCAGUAUGGUAAAAAAGCAUUACUUAUAUUAGAAGCCAGUAAAAAAUUAACCAACCAAAGCCGUUGCUUUCAUCAAGGCAUUUCUAACCAUGUGAGUUCCAAAUGGGUGUAUGGCUCUCAUAGCAAACGACGUCGACUGGCCGCUGAGAAAAAGCAAGCAGAAAUGGAAGAAAAGAUAGAAAAAAUGACCAAGCAGAUGGGAGAUUAUCCUGAUCAACCUUCCCUGAACAUGGAAAAUCCUUAUGUAAAGGACAAAAUUGAGUGCAUUUUGUGCAAACACAAUAUCGAAGUUGACUAUAAGAAUGUUAGACUUCUGAGCCAGUUUGUGUCACCUUACACUGGAAGAUUGUACGAGCAAGGAGUGACAGGUCUGUGCAAGCAUCAGUAUGAAAAGGUUGUGAAGCACAUCAAACUAGCACGAAAUUUAGGAUAUAUGCCGUUCAUGGUGAAAGAAAUAAAUUACUUGAAGGAUCAUCGAUUAUUUGACCCACUUCACCCUAAAUAUAAGAUUCUGUAAAGGAAGUCUAUGUUUAUCAAUCUUUUGUCUGUUUAAAAAAAAUAUAGUAUUCACCUCCCAA